CCAAAAGAAGAGAUACUAAAAGUACCAGUGGGACCAGGACCAUAUUUUUAUAUCAGUGGAUCUAAUGGAGCUGGGCUUGUGAGCAUCUAUUGCCAGCACAGAGGCUGGCAGCGUAUCUAUGACAACACAAGAGAGGAUUAUGCACUGAAAUGGUGUGAAAUCAAGUGCCAGGAAACCUAUUACCAUUUCAAAGAAGGUAGAGUUCUUCUCUACCAGAUCCCCAACAAUGGAGUCCUCACCAGUAAGACAGGGCUUUUGUGCUGCCUGAGGGAGCAAGAGCGGGUGAUGAAUACCAUCAGUAGGAACUCCAGUUCCAAGUUACUGAAGAUGGAAGAAUUCUACCCAGAAUUUUGCCUGGACUUAAAAAACGAGAGAAAUGCCUUUUUUGCCCUUUGCAAAGAUGAACAGAUUUUAAUCUGCAAACCAAGUUGCUCUAACCAAGGUCAAGGAAUUUUCCUGCUUACAAAUCCAGCUGCUGUCAACACCCUCCAAGCCAAGUUCCACAGAGCUGAGGAAUACCUGCUCAGUACGAGGCAGCCUCUGCUCCUGGAAGGGAAGAAGUUUGAUGUCCACUCUUACCUCCUCAUUGCCUGCAUGGCACCAUACGUGUCAUUCUUUGCCCAGGGUUGUGUCAGGCUGACCUGUGUCAACUCUGAUGCUGCUUCUGAUGAUCUGACUGUUCAUCUGACCAAGCAGUACAUGCAGAAGAACUCCCUGUACAGCCAGCUGAAAGACGAGACCAUUUGGCGGAUGGAGCAUUUCAACAGCUAAGUUAAUGAGAAGUUCAGAAAGCCCAAAGGGCUCCCCAAAGACUGGGUUUUCACUGUGUUUACUAAAAGGAUGAAGCAGAUCAUUUUGCAGUGCUUCCUGGCAGCCAAGCACAAACUGGAUCACAAACUGAGCUACUUCGAUCUCAUUGGUUGUGACUUUCUAAUUGAUGAAAUCUUUAAGGUGUGGCUUCUGGAGAUGAAUGCAAACCCAGCACUACACACCAACUGUGAAGUCCUGAAAGGCAUCAUCCCAGCUGUAGUCUACGAGAGUCUUGAUUUGGUUCGGAUUUUCAACAAGUCCCUCAAAGACUGCAGGAUUUUGCCUUUAGAGACACUCUGUCAUUUGGUGCUUCUCUAUCAUGAAGAUGAUGCAGACCUUGGCCAGAAACAACCCUUGAAGCUCCAAAGCGACUCACACAAGGGUCGAUACAUGCGGCCACACACAGACAGUGCCAGCCUGGCCAAAGUGCUGGAGAACUCUCCCAAGAAGCCUGGUUGA